CAAAGAUCUUUGUCAGGUCGUAUCUCUGGCGGUCGGUCAAUUGGUACUUUUUUGUUGUUUAGGUAAUGUUUCCAGGUUAUGAUUGGGCGUUAUGAAGGAUAUCAUGGAUUAUAUUUGGUCGUUGGUGUUCGGGUUGUUUGGCGGUUCGGGUAGAACCAUCGCGGGUUACAAUGUUAAUUUAUCCUAUUCUUUUAUUGUCAUUUUGGCAUACUUCUGUUGGGACUAUUACAAAAGAGUUCCUGACAGAGAAAACUCUGAAAAGUCUUGUACCGGAGAGGCCGCAAAAGAAAGCUCCAAAAUGUCUGACAUGCAAGUAGCGACAGUAGCCGGAAACGUGACCAGAGAGAUCGAGAAGGAAACGACUGAAGAAACAACAGUGUCGGAGAAAGAAAUUUCGGAGGUAGACGGAAAUGUUACCAGAGAAGUCGACAAGGAAACUACCACAGAAACUACCCUUGCUGAGAUGUCAAAAGAUCUCGGCCACACGAAAAUAGCGGAGGCGUCGGCGAAAUUCGAACAAAACAAGACGCUGUCGAUCCAAGAGGAGAACAGGUCGCACCAAUCGGAAUCGAGCCGCACCGUCGUCCAGACCGUCUCGCAGGAAGUUUCGGCCAAUCGUCAGGAACCCAUAACAACAGUAUCACCAAGCCAAACAACCGAACAAAAACCAGACCAAUCAUCAACAUUGAGCCACAUCUACAAACCGCUGGAACCGAUAAAACCAUUCGAACCGUUGAAACCGUUCGAACCAUUAGAACCGUUCGAACCACCGAAGUCAUUCGACCUAGCCAGAAAAUUAGAAUCGACUAAAAUCACAGACGAUUCGAUCGCAACUCAAAAUUCGGACGGACCACAAACAAUUGGUAAUUUAAUCGAAAACACAAAAGACAGAAACGACAAAGAACCAACGCCAAAAGCCGAAACAGUUCAAGAACCGGAAAGAUGUGUGACACCAGCCAUCACUUUAACAGAUAGCUCACCAGCACACCACGAAGUACAAAUACAACCCGAAUCAUCCUACACGAAACCAGCCACAGAUUCAUUCAAUGUUCAAUCACAAAAUGUUCAUCCACCAUUUGAAUCACUCAGUAAAACACAAAACAUUUAUCAAUCAUUUGAACCAUUGCCACCCUUAGACUACUCAUUUCAUCAACCACAAACGAACUGGUACAACCAGAAAACCGACUACAAUGCGAACGUACCACAAUCAUUUUACAAUCCCCCCGCCGAAAUUUAUACACAAAAUUACAACAGUACAGUUAAACCGUUCGGUUCACCGAAAGAGCACAAGGCUGAAAUAAAAGAGGAGCGAAUAAAGAAUAGUCUGAAAGAGAUCAUUUCAGACUUGGACACCUAUGCGGAAAAAGACUUGAGGGAAUCGCGGGAGGAGAGAAAGCUGGAGAACGGUUCCGUGCGCAGUUACGAGUCUGUGUUGGAGAACUCUUCCGUAUUACACCAGCAAAACAACCCACAAAGUACAAGUGGUGGUUGGAUACCCCGUCUUCCCUCAACAUUUAACUCUCUACUAAGACAAAGACCACUUUCAUGUCCAGAAACCACUUUCACCAACUUUGAUCUUUCACAGAUCAACACAGAAAUCAGACACAAAUAUGGACCAACUGAGGAACAGGAUGAAAAUGCUCCCCCACCGCAACCGAUCAAUUUGGAAAAGAUCUUCACUCCUGCCGAUGGAGAACAAAUCAAACCCAACAGAAACAGGAAGAUGUUUGCAUCUUCGGCGUUUUACGACAAAGGGUUUCAUCCGACUGUGGAAGACCAAAUCCAGUUGGCCAAGAGAAUCUCCAGCUCCCUGAGCGACAUCAGCAACAAAAGUAGCAAGGGCCAAUCCAUGUACGUGAACAGGAAAAAACGUUCCGUCAAAUGGGUUCACGAAGGAGAAGGCAAAGCUGGUCCAAAUGGAACAGAAUUGGGAGCAGACAAUUCAAGCAGUGUCAAGGAUCCACUGAAGCUGGUCAUGAAUCCACAUGGACAAGUGCAGGAUUUGAACAGUUUAAGGAAACAAGGAUAUUGCAUCGAACCAGCUUUGUCACCGGAUGUUUGUUUAGAAAUUGUUAAGGAUCUGAAUUCUCCCAAAGGAAAAGGUGCAGAAUUAUUUGCUAAAAGACGUAAACGCUCCGAAAAGUGGGUGGUGGGCGAGACCAACGGUACGAGACCACCUCAAAACAUACCCGAUAUCGCCCCAUCACCAACUCCAAUACUAUCACCUCUACCACCUAUCAGUUCUUUACCACCGCCCAGCUAUCUGCCAGAAACCGCCCAGAGAAUCCAGCACAAGGAAAAACUAGACGAAAUUCAAGAGAAAUUCUCCCGACCCCGCGUCAAACUAAUAAAAUCCCCGUGGGACGCAGCCCUUGAAACAGGCUCGGUGGACGCGGCCUUCCAGGAGGAGCCGGUGUGGCCGACACGCGGCAACUACGUCGCCCCAGCCGUCAAUUCGUACGAAGCGGCCUUGAAAAACGACACACUGGCUUCGUGGACGGUGCCCAAAAGCAACGGCUACAACGACCAGAAGGUCUACGCCCAUAAUCCCGCCUACAACAGCAACAGCAUCAACAGGAUCGUGGACAAUCUCCAGAAGGGCGUUAGCAAUGUCGACGUUUACAAACCGACUCUCCCGCAGGCUUGGAACAUCUCUUCUACUCCGAAGCAACAGCAAUUCAGCUCCAACACUCUUCCAAGGUCAAAGCCGAAACCUCCAAUGUCACCAAGCUACAGGCCAGAUGUUACUCCGCCAGUUUUCAUCCCGAAGGAGAGCAAUAUUCCUGUUUCCUCACCGAUAGAACCGACCUACAACGUACACAACUAUCCGGAUUUGAGUUCGAGUUACCAGGAUCAGUACAGUUCUUCGAAUCCACCUCCAGUACCGACAAGGGUCAACUUCAACUGUCUACAGAACUACAACACGGCACCAAGAGGAUGGGGCGAAACGAAAACAUACAAACCAAUUACUUUCGAUAAUCCGGGAUCGGCUUAUUCAGAUUUUUAAAAUUUUAUUCGAUGUUUUUCUUUUUUUUUUUUGAAUUUUAUAAAUUCGACGAAACUAUUUAUUUAAAUUAUAUUUUGUGAUUUGUGAAUAUGUAUUUAAUUUCGGCUCGAUCCUUCGUCGGGAUUGUAGAUUUGAGAUGGCUACAUAAAACCUUUUGCUGAUAGAUUAUGACCACUAAUACGCUCUAUAUGUAUAUAAUUGAUAAUGUUACUAACACGAAGGGUAGACAUGUUUUUUUUUUUGUUCAAGGCUAAGGUAACCAAGUUUUAGGCAACUCCCACGGAUUGAAUGCAGUUUUUUGAAUACAAGUAAUAUGUUUUUUCUUCUUCUUUUUUUUUUGUUUAGGCUGGUUAGAUUGUUAGUAACACAAGUUUUAAGUCUAGCUUUUCAAAUUGUUCCAAAUAUAUACUCCCUACCUUUUUAAAAUAUACUAGAGAUACAAAUCAGAAUAAAAUGUUUGAAAUUA